ACUUAUAUAGCCUAAAAAUAUUUGACUAUUACCAUGUUCCCAAUUCCAAUUCUUCUCCAUCUUCCCCAAAUCUUCUGUGUGUCCGAAUGGUGUCGAAACCCUAACCCUAGCUCCAAAUUCUCUCUCUUUCUCUCUCUCUUCAAUGGAAGACUCCAAAUCAAGCCCCACCAACGACGACGACGAUCAUUUCUUCGACGCUCUCGAAGAAUUCUCCUUCUCCAACUGCGUCGACACGAACGAACCAGACCAGUCGAUUUCAAACUCAUCAUCGUCACUUUCUCAGCUCGAAUCAAAUGCCGACGCAACACUCAAACCCAAGCCCUCGCCGGAACUUACUGGUGUCCGGCGCCGGCGAUCGUGGGGUCGCCAUAUUGGCAAAGAAACCUCCGGCAACGAUUCAACAAAUUCAAAUCCUAAUUUUUCUGCAAGUUUCAAUUCCACGACUCCCUUGGAGAGAAACUAUGGAAUGUCCCGGAAUUUGAAGGAAAAUGAGAGGGGAAGUGAAAAAUCGGAUUCGUUUCGGGUUCAGCUCAGCUCAGAAAGAGCUAGUCAUACUGCGAACGAUGAGUCUGCAGAAAAUUCUAUAGUUACUACUGCAAAUGAUGAUAGAGUAAAUGAAUCGGCACGAGUAGAUUUGGCUUCAGAUGCAACUGAUGAGCCUUCAUCGAAUUUCCUUUUUGUUUUAGCUGGAUUUGUGAUCAAAGCAAUUGGGUUUCAAAUAAGCUUGUUGGUUAGUUUUUUCACAUUUCCAAUAUGGUUUCUUUAUUGUUCAUAUAUGUUUGUGAUUGAUCCCUUUCAAGCUGUAAGUCGCGGAAAAGAGUAUUUGACGGGUAGGUUGUUGAGAAUAUGGGGUGUUGUAUGCGAUAAUGUUACGCCAUUUAUAUACGAAUGGUUGAAGGAACACAAAUCUUUUUGGAAAUUGGCUUUGCGGUUCGGUUGGGGGUUUCUGUGGGCUACUUAUGUAUGUUUUGUUUUGGUUAGUUUGUUGGUGUCAGCAUUUGUAGUUAGUGGUUUUCUUAUGAGCAAUUUGGUGGAGGAGCCUAUUCAGAUGAAGGAGACACUGACUUUCGAUUACACCAAGAAUAGUCCAGUUACAUUUGUUAAGAUCAUGUCUUGCCCUGGUGAGCCUUAUGGUGUGACUUAUAGAGAAAAGAGUGAAGUUGAGAACCUUGGGGGUCAACGGGUUAUACCUCUAAAACACAAAUUGCAAGUCACGGUUUCAUUGACAUUGCCGGAGUCGGAUUACAAUAGAAAGCUUGGGAUAUUUCAGGUCAGGGUAGACUUCCUGUCUGCUAGCAAUAAAGUCCUUGCAAGCUCAAGACAUUCGUGCAUGUUGCGAUUCGUGAGCCAGCCUAUCCGCCUUCUGUUGACUUUCCUUAAAAUUGCUCCUCUUGUCACUGGCUAUUCAUCAGAAUCCCAGACUCUCAAUGUAAAAUUUGGAGGUUUUACUGAAGGAGAUUUACCCACUGCCUGUUUAAGGGUGAUGAUCGAACAAAGAGCAGAAUUUCGGCCUGGCGCUGGUGUUCCUGAAAUAUAUGAUGCUUCUUUAACCCUUGAGUCAGAACUUCCUCUACUGAAAAGAAUUAUAUGGCAUUGGAAGAAAACAGUAUUUAUAUGGAUUGGCAUGACGGUGUUCACUAUGGAGUUGUUGUUUAUGCUACUCUGUUGUAGACCUAUUAUUAUGCCUAGAGGAAGGCCAAGAGAUAGUCCUGCCAACAAUAGUGCUCAGCAAAACAAUCGCCCAGCUGAAAGAUAGCAGAGACUAUAUCUUCCGCGGAUUUGGCAAAUAACAGAAGUAAUGAUUUGAAAUCGCGUAGCUGCACUUGGCGAUUUAUGUCACUUUUUUAUUUUAUUGUAUUUGGUAUGGUAUUUCAAA